UUUUCCUCCAAUUUUUUCCAUUUGAUUUCUCCUGCCACUCCAAGAACACUGUAUCCCAUCUGGGCCUUUCCCAAAUUCAAUUCUUUUUCCCGUUAAUAUAUCGUCUCCCUCUCUUUUCUCUGAAUCUUGCUCUUGGGUUUUGUCUGUGUGUGUGUGUUUGUGUGAGAGAGAGGAGAGAGAGAGAGAGAGAGAGGAGAGAGAGAGAGAGAGAGAGAGAGAGAGAGAGCGGAGAGAAGCGAGUGGUUGAGCUGAAACUGUAGCAUGGAGAUCUGCGUCCGAGCGGCAACUUGGAGCUUGCUUGAGGAAGAAGCAUUUCGAGCCAGGGCUCCUCGGAGCAAUGAGUGUUAGCUCGAUCCAACGUUGAAAAAAGUGUGUCUCUCUCCCCUCCGCAAGAAUCUUUUCAGCUAGCAACGAGCUAACUUUUGAGCGACCGGGAUAGCUUCCAAUCUUCUUCUUGAAGACUGUAUCUUCCCGUUUCGGUCUCGCCGAGAAAAAAGGCCAAAAAGAGGAUGCCCAUUUGUCUCUCUCUCUCCCUCACAUUCCUUCUUCAGCUCAAGAUUUUUGCGGCUAUUUGCUGCUGUAGCUCUGAUGCCAACUUUUCCACAUUCUUGAAGGGAAAGAAAAAUUAAGAGGAGGCUCCAGGGGGAGUGAAGAUUGUGAGGAGCGAGAAUGAGGGGAAAUGGAUCUCUUUUUUGCACUGAUUUCAAAGGUUAAUUUUAAAGAAGGGAAUAGGAAGCAACUGCUGAUAUUCCACUUAUCACAUUGCAAUAUUUUACUAUAGAAGACCAUGAAGCGACACUUCUUCACAGCAAUACCUUUUCUCUUGCUCUUGUACAUACUUCUCCGAGCAAAUGCCGAUUUGGAUUCAGAUAAGCAGGCACUCCUGCAAUUUGCGAAUGCCGUCCCUCAUGGAAGGAAACUGAACUGGACUGCUAGUUCUCCCAUCUGUACUUCUUGGGUCGGUAUCACCUGCUCCCAAAAUCGUACUCGUGUAAUUGCCCUUCGGCUCCCUGGAACUGGACUUUUUGGUCCUAUUCCGGCCAACACUUUGGGGAAGCUUGAUGCGCUCAUGGCACUUAGCCUUAGAUCCAAUCGCCUAAGUGGCAAUUUGCCAUCUGAUGUACUCUCUCUUCCUUCCCUCCGCAUCAUCAACUUACAAAGUAAUAAUCUUUCGGGUGACCUACCCUCUUCACUCUCUCCCCAGCUCAGUGUGGUUGAUCUAUCCUUCAAUGCCUUCACUGGAGAAAUCCCGCCUGAAAUUAGAAACUUGACCCAUCUUACCAUUUUGAACCUCCAAAAUAAUUCAUUUCUGGGGUCAAUCCCCGAUCUUAGACAAAGUAGGCUGAAGCAGUUGAACUUGAGCUAUAACCAUCUAAACGGUUCAAUUCCAUCUGGGAUCCAAAGGUUCCCAGUGUCUUCCUUUUUAGGGAACCCUUUGCUAUGUGGCAAGCCUCUGAAUGCGUGUUCUUCGAUCAGCCCAUCACCUUCUCCCUCACCUUCCAUCUUACCAUCCCCACCACGAGAAAAAUCCAAGAGGAAACUAAGUCUUGGAAUUAUUAUUGCCAUUGCAGUUGGAGGUACUCUAGUGCUAUCUCUUCUCUUGCUGGCAUUAAUUUUAUGUUGCUUGAAGAAAAAACAGAGUGAAGAUGGUCCCUCGAUGAAAGGUAAAGGAGUCCGGACUGAUAAGCCUGAAGACUUUAGCAGUGGGGUCCAAUCGGCGGAGAAAAACCGGCUUGUGUACUUUGAAGGUUGUUCUCACAGUUUUGACCUCGAAGAUCUACUGAAAGCUUCAGCAGAAGUUCUAGGCAAGGGAAGUUGUGGUACCACAUACAAAGCCAUCUUGGAGGAUGGGACCACCGUGGUGGUGAAAAGGCUGAAGGAAGUGGUGGCAGAGAAAAGAGAGUUUGAGCAGCAGAUGGAGAACGUGCAGAGGGUAGGACAGCAUCCGAACGUCAUUCCAAUCCGUGCGUAUUACUACUCAAAAGAUGAGAAGCUCCUCAUAUAUGACUAUAUAACAGGAGGCAACUUCUCCUCGUUGCUGCACGAAGGUGCGAGACAACCACUGGACUGGGCAUCACGGGUGAAGAUUUCUCUAGGAGUGGCUAAAGGCAUUGCUCACAUCCAUUCGGCCGGAGGUGGGAGGUUCAUCCAUGGCAACAUCAAGUCCUCCAAUGUCCUCCUCACUCAGGACCUUCAAGGUUGCAUCUCGGAGUUUGGCCUGACUCCUCUGAUCCGCACUCCUGCAGUGCCUCCUAGAAGUGCAGGUUAUCGGGCCCCUGAAGUCAUAAAAACUCGGAAACCCUCACAAAAAUCAGACAUCUACAGUUUCGGGGUACUACUCCUCGAGAUGUUGACUGGAAAGUCACCCAUCCAAUCUCCUAGACGCGAGGAUGUCUUCGAUCUGCCUAGGUGGGUCCAGUCCGUUGUUAGAGAGGAAUGGACAGCCGAGGUGUUUGACGAGGAGCUACUCAAGGACGGAAAUAUCGAAGAGGAGUUGGUGGAAAUGCUUAAAAUAGCAUUGGCGUGCGUAGACCGUAUGCCUGAUACAAGACCUCCGAUGGGGGAAGUCGUUAAGAUGAUUGAAGAAGUUCGGCCAUCCGAAAUAGAAAAUCCUCCAUCAUCGUAGAAUAAGUCAGAAAGCUUGCUUACACUUAAAUCCCAUUUGUUUGGCUUAGCAUUCGUGUCAUGAAUAUAGAUUCAGAUUCUGGGGGCUGGAAAUGUACAAAAUCUGAAACACCAUGAAGAUUGCAGGAGUGAUAUUUCUUGUUUAAUUUUGUCUAGGAACUAAUUUGAGAGUCAGAGUGUUCUUUGGCUUAGCAUUCGUGUCAUGAAAAUAGAUUCAGAUUCUUGGGACUGGAAAUGUACAAAAUCUGAAACACCAGGAAGAUUGCAAGAGUGAUUUUUCUUGUUUGAUUUUGUCUAGGAACUAA